AUGGAUAUCAAAGGCGGGGAGUGUAACUGGCUUUUACUUUUUGACAUCGCUCUCAGUCAUGGCGAGUCCAUUCGCCAGCAACGCUUGCGAUACUCUGGGCUACUCACGCUGCUGCGCUCUGCUGGUCUUCUUGGCCCCAAAACGGGUGUGUAUCAGUUUUUGGUUGAAUCGCUUUGGCUUUUUCACGGGAAGCCACUGAGACCCAAUGAAAACGGCGACGCCACGAAAGGAGAUUUCCCCUUUCAUGAUCUUGCGGUUGACUUUGAUGGUUUUCUUUCCAUUAUGAACGUUGUAUGCGUAAGAUGCUAUCAGACGCAGCGCUGCUCAGAGCUUUUGGAGGAGAAAUGUCCUGUUUUAGAUGCCAUCAUUUUAUCUGCCGAGGACCAGGUGCAUUUGAGGGAAAGUGUGAUUUACACCGGACGCCGCUUUUUAAAACCACUGAUUAGUAGAUGUCUCGUUUUAAAGAGGACGGUGAUCUCGUUGAGCCCCAUGAAGAAUGGCUGGACACCCUACAUCAACCAGUUUGUGAUACAUGUUAUGGCUUCAUCAGCCCAUUCUAUUGUUCUACCAAUUUUUAAUCUUUACGCUGUUGAUGGUCGAAUUUACCGUGGUGCGUUUGAGAGAAUGCUGGACGAUGUGUUUCCAAACUUUACGCCUGUUCAGCAAAUAGGCGCCAGAUCUAUUUUUGACUACCCUGGGUUCUUUGGCAUUCAUAAUUUAAUGGAAUAUUCUACUUUGGAACUCCCCAAUGGGAGAGUGACGGCGUUAGAACUUGAUUCCUUUGCAGAGGCGCUUCUGAUGUUGGGUGUUGUGGCAUUUUCUGACGAGGUGCAGUAUGAGCAUCAUCGACCAUUUACAGCAAAGGUUUGGUCGGUUUUUGAAGAUUACUACAGUAAGUUUGUAGGCGCACCAAUGGUAGAUGAUCCUAUACUUGACAACAAAUAUGCCUCGAUUCCUCCAGCUAUUAGUCUUCUUUUUCCCUCCAGGGUGCCUAUUGACAAAACGUCGUCUUUUAUCAUUGGGGGUUGGAACCUGACUGUUGAUGAUCGCUCUGAAGACUCACUGGAUUUGGGUAAGGACUACCCUCCACGUAUUUUUCAGUUUCACAAGAUUAAUAUCACUCCCGACGGUGGAAAUGGAAGGCGUAUAUCUGGGCCCGUACCUGCAACCACUGCGGGACUGGCAUCAACGUUGUUUGGAGAAGAGUUGAAUCGACAAUUCCAGGCUGAAUACGAUGUUUUGAUUUAUGGCAUGAGGCGUUGUGCGGUGUAUGUAAAUGAGAUUCGUGUAAUGGCUUUUCAGCGAGGGUCCAAUAGGGUGGAAGUGGUCAUUCCAUCCUCCAUGUGGGAUAUUUCUGUCGAUACAAUGCAUGUUCAUUUUGUUGAAUCUAAAGAUGAGGGUAAACUAAUACUUUCUCCCAUUACUAAGGCAUCGGUAUCAUUACGUGACAGCUCUGGUAGCACUAUAUUCAGCUCAAAGGAUGUCCUAUUUGUGGCAGCGCCCUUAGUGGAGGUGAUUCCUGCAUCACACGUACGAGAAUUAAAAAGCCUUUUUGAGCGUCAUUCUACGGAAGCUGUGAUGACAUUUGAAGAAUUUAGUUCGGCGUGCAUUGAAUUAUGUGUUGAUACACUAUUGGCUCCGUGGGGUGACUGUUCAUCGUUCUUGGAGAUGUAUUUGGAGAGGAAGAGCAUUGAGGGACCCUCUGAUGCUGGGAAUGUUACUUGCAAAAAGGCCACCAUCCAUUUUCAAGAGUUUGUCUCCGCUGUGGCAACUCUCUUUUUGCACCAGCUAGAUGCAGAUGGCUAUAUGCCUAACAUUCCGUAUCUGUUUGGAGUUGUUCUGUCACGCUUAACCCAUAAUUUGCCACCUCUGCUUGAAAAAAAAAAGUUUUUGGGCGCAUCGACAACGUCAAAAGAACCACCAAAGUUCUUACAGCCACAUAAUGCUCGGAUCGAUGUGCCAUACGCAAAUGCCUUGCGCAAAAAGGCCUUGUCUAUAAAUUCACUUUCAGAUGUAAAAGAAAUAUUGAAGGGUGUGGGGAAGGGCCGAACCCCCAUGCGGCUAUUACCAGAAUUUCCUGCGGAGGCCAGGACGGUUGCGGUUGUUUCCCAGUACACCGAUGAUGAGAAGGGGCUUCGAGAAAAGGUGAGGACGGUCUCGGCAUCAUUGCGUAAGGCAUUUCUUAAGAAGGAGAUGGUCGUGUUGCAACAUGGAUUGAAGGCGGAAUGA